AUGUCGAUGCUCUCAGGUCACUCCAUCUUCGAUUGUAGCGCUGGCCCUGGUACCGGGUUCGGCGUUUACUCUGACACUGACAGGGACAGCCUAAGCAUUCCUUCUUCCCAAACCUUAUUAACAUACCCAAUGGCCUUGGGUUCCAUCCCCUGGUAUUCAGGUAGUUCGAGUUCUCCUCAUCAGGUGUUCAACGCUACUCUUCUUCAGCCACCCACGGAGCCGUUCAGGCACGAUUACGGAGACAGCUCAUUCGACAGCUCAAUCAUUGGCCACUUCCUUUCUGAGUGUACGUGUCAAGUGCUGUUGAGCACGGCAGCGUACCAGAAGAAGGCGUCGCAAGCAAGGAUAGAUGAUGAAGCGCCACCAGCCGAGAAUCGAGGGCUCAAGGAGAGGUGUAUGAGACCUGUAGCAGCCUUGGACAAGCUGGACGAGAGAUUGAUUAGAAGGAAGAAGCCGAGUAAGAAUGCAAGUUUCCAUGACGAGACAGUCUCAUCGACAUCGCCGAGCACCACCUUGAAAACGACAACGACCACUGCUUCCACCGAAGCUAAGACAGACAAAAAGGCAUCCCACCAAGUGUUGUCACCCCAAAGGCAAACCUUGCCAAUGGCUGCUCGCCAGAGCCCACCAAAGAAGUGCCUCUCACUGUCAAGUUCCAAUCCAAGCGAUGUAGAGUGUCAGCAGCACCUGAGAAAUAAUCCGCCUUUGGAACUUUUAGCCAGAAUUCUGGACAUUGCCAAUGAGAAGAAGAAUGCCAAGAAGACACGCAUUCUACGUAACCUCCGCUAUCCUAGGGUUGGAGGAAAAAAAAAUUGUAUCGCCAAGGUCAUUGGAUCUGUUCGGGAGGGGAAUACCUACAAGUUUCAAGUCAGGUUUGCUAAGUGUCGAGCCUUCUACCAAAUUUACUGCAUCAGUGAAGAAGCCAGGGAGUACAGAUUGCCCAUCUUCAGGAACCUUCGGACGAUGCUGCAAAUGAUGAAGUGUAAAGAGUACAGAGCAGAGAAUCCAAUUGAGGACGAUUCCGAAGUGACCGUGAUAGAAGGGAAAGACUAUUACUCAGUUCUCUUGCAACGCUUUGAGUCUCGUCUUACGCUUCAGCAAUUGGCGAUUUUGCUAGGGUUGCAAUGUUAUAGCGUCCACUUGACGCGCCACAUUGAAGAGGUCGUUGUUCAAAUGUUCCACCAACUUCACGAGCUUGAAAUAACAUCAGAGGCCAGAUGGUGCAAGCUUGACAGGGCUCUCCGCCAACAGAUGAUAUCACGGGUGCACAAGUUUUCUCAAUAUUACUUUCCUACUAUCAGUAAGGAUAUGCUCGAGAUUAUCAUGCGAAGGGCAUCUUACGCGAAAGCUCAACUCAAGUUGAAGACUGAUAGAUUGAGGCGGAAAAGUCGGUACAAAGUAGUGGAGACUCUGAACGGGGAUAUUUGA